GUUCUUUGUGCCGCAUGAUACGUCGUAUUUGCAACUGCUUGGAACAACCAUAUGGAUUUUCUUACUUUCGUAUACGUUAAAUUUCAUUUAACUACAUUUUCUUAUCAUAAAUUAUUUCUUAAUAUUCCUUAUCUUGAUAUAAUAAUCAUGUUAAAUUAAUAAAUUAAAAAUUCUAUUGAAAUCAUAUUGCAAACGGAAGUACGUAGAAAUUGAAGACAGUACUAAAACGCCAUUUUGUGUGUCCUUUCGAGAGGAAGGUAGACAUUCUGACGAAAAAAAAUACUGAACGCUGAUAUCUAAACAUUUUCUCCAUUCGCAAGAUUGUGCGAAGAUAUUAUUUCUUCUUCUUUAUUUCACUACGAUACAUUAAACUGCGUUGAUGAUUGGGAUUCCGCGAGACGACCGACAUAAAAUUACGGUUAAGAUCCGCAACAACAUGAAAAGAAGUUCGAGUCGUGAUACUCCGCCUCCUCGGGUGAAACGAAGUCGAUCUUCCAUGGGACGAUAUGAUGAUUCAAGUGAUGAACGGAUAACACCAGAACGUAUUCGACGACGUAGCAGAGGUGCUAGAAGUCCUAGUCCAUCAGCAAGAGCGUCAUCUCAUGCGCGUUAUGUAGAGUCAAGUUCACAUCGCGAUGAUUAUUUGCGCGCACCUCGUGAUUUGCCACCAGAACGGCCAUACAGUUAUAAAGUUCUUUGUGUCAGUUCCAUUCAUCCAAAAGCCAGUGAUGAAGUAAUUAAAGAUACUUUGUAUAGAGAAUACAAAAAGUUUGGUGACUUUUCUAUAAGAAUUUCUCAUGAAUUAGAUGAACGCGUUGCUUAUGUGUGCUUCAGGAGCUCAGAAGAUGCACGAGAUGCAAAACAUGCUAAACCACGAAUUAUAAUGUAUGAUAAAGUAGCUUUGGUAGAACCAGUCUAUGAAAGACCUGAUACAUAUCGUAGACAAAGAUCUGUUUCACCACCAGAUUAUGAACGGUAUUAUGCUAGAUCUCCAGGUCCAACAGAUAGGCAUAGACCAUUAGAUCGAUAUGAACGUGUAUAUGGACCUCCUGUAGGUUUGCCUCCUCAUCGUGAAAUGAGAAGAGAAACAAUACCACCCCCUCAUCAUGAAUUUGUUAGGCCACCUAUUCAUCACGGACCACCUCAUGUUCAUCCAGGUCCCCCUCAUCAUUAUGGUCCACCUAGACAUAUGAUGCUUCGUCAUCCUGUUCAUGGAUUCGAACGAGUUGAAAAUAAGAAAGAUAAAUUUCCAAAUUAUCUGCAUCAUGUAUCUCCGGAAGAUGACCCUCUUGCAACCAGAACUCUUUUUGCUGGUAACUUAGAAAUCAAUAUAACUGAGGAAGAAUUACGUAGAAUUUUUAGUAAAUAUGGUAUUGUUGAUGAUAUUGAUAUCAAAAGACCACCACCAGGAACAGGAAAUGCAUAUGCUUUUGUACGAUUCCAAACAUUAGAUAUGGCUCAUAGAUGCAAAGUUGAACUUUCUGGACAGUAUAUAGGAAAGUUUCAAUGCAAGAUAGGAUAUGGUAAAGCAACUCCCACUACACGAAUAUGGGUUGGUGGUUUAGGUCCUUGGACUUCAGUACCUCAAUUAGAAAGAGAGUUUGACAGAUUUGGAGCAAUUAAAAAAAUUGAUUACAUAAAAGGUGAUAGUAACGCAUAUAUUCUUUAUGACUCUAUCGAUGCUGCACAGGCUGCUGUGAAGGAAAUGCGUGGUUUUCCUCUUGGUGGUCCUGACCGAAGAUUAAGAGUUGAUUUCGCAGAUGUAACACCAGGUUUUGGUUUUAAACCUAGAUCAUAUCCUGAAGACAAUGCAGACUUUAGACCACGCUUAGUAGAUUAUGAAUCACCGUAUGAUCCUUAUGGUCCUGAAAAUGAAUUUGGUUAUGGACCAAGAGGGUUUCGGGGACGAGGAAGUGCACCAUGGCAUGAAAGAAGAGGUGGUGGAAGAGGUGGUUAUCGCGGUACUUGUCCCGAAGGUUAUCUUCGCGAUGAAGCUGAUUGGUCAAGUCGUAGACCUCCACCAGAAAUGGAAUAUGAAACUCCUCGUAGCUUAAGGAGAUCGUUAUCGCGAGAACCGGGUGUAGAUCGGUCCAGAUCUAGAUCACCACGUAGAAGACAAAUGGAUUCAGAUUCUGAUUCUGAGAAUACUCGUACAGGAAUGCUUUCCACAUCUCGUACUUUACCCGAAGUAGCACGGAAAUCCAUUGCAGUUUGGCAAGGUGCAUUAAUAUUAAAAAAUUCACUAUUUCCAGCUAAAUUUCAUCUUACAGAUGGAGAUACAGAAAUAAUAGAUGCUCUUAUGAAAGAUGAAGAGGGUAAACAUAUGCUACGAAUAACACAGCGUCUUCGUCUUGAUCAACCAAAGUUGGAUGAUGUAUCUAAAAGAAUACAAACUUCUAGUUCGCAUGCUAUAUUUCUUGGUCUUGCUGGAUCAAGUGGAGCUGUUACAAAUGAUGAUGCUAAUGUUCAAACACGACCACUUCGUAAUUUGGUUUCUUAUUUAAAGCAAAAAGAAGCAGCAGGUGUUAUAUCGCUUUUAAAUAAAGAUACAGAAGGAACUGGAGUACUCUAUGCAUUUCCACCGUGUGCUUUCUCUACAGAGCUCCUGAAGCGUACAUGUCCUAGUUUAAGCGAAGAAGGUUUAAAAGAGGAUCAUUUGGUAAUUGUUGUUGUUAAGGGUGGCAGUGCCUAAAUUUUAAACAAGUGACAUAAAAACAGUUGCUUUAUCCAUAAAUAACAAAAUUAAUUCAUUGUUUUAAUACUUUCUAUGGAAAGUAUUAUUUUGAUUCAAUUGGUAAGGUGGUAUAGGAUGAUGUACAGAAGUUGUAGCAAUGAUUGAUGCUUUUUGAUCUAUAUAAGUAUUAUUAUCAUAGAUUUGAUUUAAUUAUUUUUGAGGUAUUUAAUAGAAUCAUUUUAAAGUGUAAUAUGCCGGUAUAAUUUUUUUAAAUAACAUUAUUUGAAUCAAGAUUUAUAAAAUAAGAUAAAUGUUGGAACAUAGAUCAUUUUUUCUUACACAGUAAAUAUCAUUUGAAUGUUAUUAAUUUUAUUUCUCAGAUGUAGAUAAUAUUUAAAACAGACAUACUUGAAUCCGUCUAAAUACUCAAGUUUAUAAUAAUAUAGAUUCACUAAUUAAUUAAAUAACAAAAAUAUAUUAAAACGUGAGUUCAAAAAAUUUUAAUGGAUUCUAAAUAUUAUUUUCUAAUAUAAUAUAUGUUUCUAUUCCAAUAUUCUAAUAAUAGUAUAUUAUUAUGCAUCUUACAGAAAAAAUCAAAGUAAAUUCAUCAAAAAUAAUAAAAAUAAUACUUAUAUUGUAUCAAAAAACAUUUGUGACAUCUACUUUGUAAUGUUACUUGAACUGAGGAAUUCUAAAGUAAUCACAAAAAUGAUAUACAUCAUUUUCAAUAAGGUACCUUUACUAUAAGAGUCUUGACAUAAAACAAUAUUAUUACCCUUAUAAUCAGAGGUAAAUGUUUAACUACAUAGUAUAAGAAUUUAUCUGUAUUAUACACAUAUAUCUGUAUGUUUAACGAUGAUGAUGUUACUGUACACAGAUCUUUCACAUUUAUAGUAUAUAAUUUUAUUAUCAUUUUUUUUUUAAUACUAUCAAAAAACAUUGUGACUUCCAUAUUUAUAUAGAGUCUUAUUAGAUGUGUUUAUAUCAACAGGAAUUGACUUCAAUGUCAUUGGUUGAGACAAUAGAAUGCAGAUAUCUUAUCCUUAUUAUAAACAGAAGAAAUGUAACUUCUCUCUGAGCCUAAUGAUAUAUUAAGUAUCGUAUUUUGUUUGACAGAUUAUUCAUGUUGCAGUGAUAAUGACUCAAAAAAAGCAUUUUGAUAUAAGGGUCACAUAUGUGAUAAAAAAUGAUAAAUAACUACUGGACAUAUGUUGCUGCAUUUUAACAGCUUCAUUAAUAAAUUCGAAAGAGAACUUUUAUAUCUCUCUUUGGCUAAUAAAAAAGCCUUUGAAUAACAGUGCAUAAAUUAUGUAUUCAUAUUGAAGAAUGUGAAAGGCCUGGUUUGAAAAAAUAUGUUAGAUAAGGACUGUCGAUUCAUAGUAUUAUGGUUUAACUCACAUUUCCAUGAACUUGAUUUUUGAUUUAUAUCUGUAGAUUCUUUUGAGUGCUAUACCACUUAAGUGAUUGUGCAGUAAAUAUUUUGUGCAUAGUUUCAUGAGUUUUAAAAGUUUAGAGAGUGUCUGAGAGUGAAGAUAGUGAGGAAGAGACAGAAUAUACUUACUCUGCGUAAAAAGUUGAUAACAUCUGUGUAUCACCGAAUUGAUUACAAAAGUUCAUGUUAAGUGAGGACGUAUUAUCUAAAGGACAGUGUUUGGUGGUAGUUAAAAAAAAAAAAAAAUAAUAAAAAGGCUUUGAAAAUGUGUACAGUGAUGUAAAAAAAAAAGUGUUUGUGUUUCGUCUUUGAGUAGGAAAGAUGUAAAUAAAUGUUUCUGAAAAAUAAUAAAUAUUUCAGAAACAAUGUAUCAUCUGAACCAUACUCAAAUACGAUUGAAGGUGCAGUGGUUAAGUACACCUGGUGAUCGAACAAAAAUAGAUGACAUUUAUGCAGACAAAAAUAAAA